AGAUUUUAAACAUAUAAAAUUUCACAGUAUCAUCAUAGAAAAAUCAUGAAAAUGUCUGAAUCAAGGAUCUUUGCCUCACCACCAAUGUUGAUGAUUCUUCUCAGCCUUGUAAUAGCUUCCUUCUUCAGCACCACAGCUGGACAAAUCGGAGUAUGCUACGGGAUGCUAGGUAAACCCUUUCCAAGUCCAUCGGAAGUUGUGGCUCUUUACAAGCAACAGAACAUCCAGAGGAUGCGUAUCUACGGGCCUGACCAAGCCACUCUUGAGGCUCUCCGUGGCUCUAACAUCGAGCUCAUCCUCGAUCUUCCCACUUCACAACUUGCAGAUAUGGCCAACCAAGCGAAUGCCGACAAGUGGGUCCAAGAAAAUGUUCAGCGCUACAUUGACGGUGUCAGAUUCCGGUACAUCAACGUCGGAAAUGAGGUGAAACCCUCAGAUGGGCAAUUUCUCUUACCAGCAAUGCAGAACAUCGAGAAAGCACUAUCUGGAGCAGGGAUUGGAGUCAAGGUCUCAACGUCUAUAGCCACCGACACCACCACAGACACGAAUCCUCCGUCUCAUGGAAAGUUCAAGGAUGAGUAUAGCUUUCUUACACCAGUGAUAGAUUUCUUGGCGAGCAAGCAAUCUCCCCUGCUCGCAAAUAUUUACCCUUACAUCGCCUACAUAAGUGACAAGGCCAACAUCCAUCUAGACUUCGCUUUGUUCACCUCUCAGUCUACUGUGUUCACUGACGAAAAAAAUUUGCAAUACCAAAACCUCUUCGACGCAAGUCUAGACUCUGUUUAUGCGGCAUUGGAGAAAUCGGGAGGCGGAUCGAUGGAAGUCGUGGUGUCUGAGAGCGGUUGGCCCACGGAGGGAGGAGACGGGGCCAGUGUCGAAAACGCGAAAACUUAUGUUAACAAUUUGAUACAACAUGUGAAGAAUGGAUCACCGAAAAGGUCAGGUAAAGCUAUAGAGACUUAUAUAUUCGCUAUGUUCGACGAGAAUCAGAAGGAUGGUGACUAUGAGAAGUUUUGGGGACUGUAUCAUCCGGAUCAACAGCCUAAGUAUGAAGUUGGUUUCAACUAAUCCUUACAAAGACUUCUUGAAGAAGAAAGGGGGUCACCGGGUCAGAGACUUGUGGGCUCUUUUGUUUUUUUUGUAAGGGUAAACUUGUUGUAAUAAUAAGGAAUAAUGAGCCAUGACUAUGUUUUUAUUACAUAGUUUUAAAAUACAAUACAAAUUUUAAAUUUAAAUUGAUGAAGUCAA